AUUUCGUUCAGUAUAUCCGUAAUUCCAUUUAAAUCUAAAAUUUUAUUUGCGUUGCUCUUAUUCCUGAGGUUUCAGCUGGUCGUGAAAAAGUAUAAAAAUCACUUAUUCGCAUUUUUGAUCUCUCUUGCUAAAAUUGCUUUUCAUGUUUUAAGAUAUGUUCUACUUCUUUUACUUAUAAUAUCUUCUAAGCUUAUUAAAGUGCCAUCAAGAUGCAUUGUUUAUUUAUCUUUGUUGCAUUCUUCUCAUUUCUUGCAAUCUGUUUUUCACAAGAUCAAGAUGGUUACAUUUUCAUGAGCCCAAGAACAUUGAGAAUUGGAGCAAACAAUGAAGUAAUUUUCCGACGAUUUGGAUCUUUGAAUGCUGGGACACUGAAGGUCCAAGUCUUCAACAAGAUUGAUUACAGUAGUGACAAUGAGACUAUAGCUUUUUCCAAGAAAUUCGAAAUUUCUGAAGGUGAAACAGAAGCUAUUCUAAAUGUGCGUUUUGAUCUUCAAGAUGUGCAUGUCUUUUCCGGAAGAAUACAGAUUAACGGGACUUUUGGUGACCAAAAAAUAUCUGGUAGUGACACUGUAGCUCUGCACAAACCUACGCGGAGUAUUGUAAUAAUUCAAACUGACAAACCCCUUUACAAACCAGGAGAAACAGUGCAAUUCAGAGUUCUUAGAGUAAAUAAAGAUCUGAAACCCUUUAAGGAAUCAAAUAAAACUAUAGCUUACGUUGAAGACCCAAAAGGAACUAGGUUAUUCCAAUAUACUAAUUUGGAUCUGGAAAAAGGUUUGGUUCAAAACAAGUUCCAGCUAACAGAGGAUCCUGUUUUAGGCAGUUGGUCUAUAAAAGUCUAUACAGGGGACAAAUUUAAUCAACUAACAAAUUUUGAUGUUAAAGAAUAUGUGUUACCGAAGUUUGAAGUAACCAUAAAAUUCCCAUCUUUUGUUUUGGCGAACGCAAAGACUAUUCCAAUUACGGUUUGUGCGGAGUACACAUAUGGUGAACCAGCAUCUGGUACAUUGAAUUUAAAUGCAUCUUUAGAGAGAUACUUUUACGAAAGAGAUGUCGAUGAUGCUAAGAUACCAACGAAAAGGAUAACUACAGAAAUCAAAGGUUGUUACACAUAUAAUCUAAAUGUAAAAGAGAUUGAGAGUGAUACAUCCUAUUACAACAGUCGAAGCAUUGUUGUAGCAGCUACUGUUACUGAAGAUGGCACAGGUGUAGAAAGAAGCGCUUCUCAAAAUCUUAAUCGUGAUACUGAACCACUAAAAUUAUCCUUUAUUGAUGGCCUGGAUUACUACAAACCUGGAUUGCCUUAUAAUGGAAAGCUAAAGGUCACUAAUCCUGAUGGUACAAUUGUAUCUGGAGAACCAAUAGAAAUCUGCGCUACCAUAAACAAAAGACGCAUUUUAGCAGAUUGGUGGGCUACCAAGACAGUACAAACCUGCAGAAAUUAUACUUCAAGUUCUCAAGGUCUGAUUUCUUACACCAUCUUACCUCAAAAUGUAGACGUCAUUUCAAUCAGUCUAGAAGCUAAAGCUCUCAAUUACGAUCCAGCCACGAACAAAGACGUUGGAAAUGAACCAAAUCAAUUAAGUCAGCCAACCACAAGUAAAUUUCUGAACCCGUACUUUUCUCCUUCCGGAAGUUUCAUACAAAUCCAGCCUAUUCCCCAACCGGUUGCAUGCGCAUCCUCGCAAACUCUUAAAGUGCUGUUCACAUCCCAAGAAAGUGCAACUUAUGAAUUUUACUAUCAAGUAGUAUAUCAGUCAACUGUAGUCAUCGAUAGUUCAAUUCAAACUUCAUUCUCUCCUGAUGAUGAUGUUUCUGCAAAGUAUGAAAAACAAAAUAAAGUUAUUAAUGGUCCCGAAGUUCAACUGGAUCCACCUAAAGAGUCAAUUCCUCAAUCAUCAGAAGAUAAUUGCCCAGAAGCACAAGAUAGCAAGUACCUGCCACCCAUUGGCGAAGUGUCUAUAGAUAUUGACGUAAACACUAUAAUGUCACCAUCAAUUCGUGUCUUAGUAUAUUAUGUAAAAGAAUCUGGAGAGGUAGUAGCUGACUCUAUGGAAAUUGAUGUUGAGAGCUGCUUUGAGAAUAAGGUUCAAUUUGCAUUUGGUGAUAAAAAGCAACAGCCAGGAGCCGAAACAACAGUCAGCAUUACUGCUGGAUCAAACUCUUUGUGCGGAAUUAAAGCUAUUGACAAAAGUGUUUUGUUAUUGAACAACAAUGAACAACUCACCAAAGAAAGAAUUUUUCAAAUGCUAUCUCGAUUUGACGACAACGACUAUUACUCAACAAACCCUUGUUACCAAAAUCCAAUUCAACCAGGAUUACAAAAUGCUGCUGUCAAAAGCCUUUCAAUAGCUUAUCCUCCAGGAGGAAACUCAUAUUCAUAUCAAGACUCGCUUUCCGCUUUCUCGACUUCUGGCUAUCUUGUUAUCAGUAACUUGUACAUAUUUACAAGACCAUGUGAAAAUGCCCCGAGAUUUGGACCCGGUGGAGCAGCUGUUCUUGGGGAGAUAGAAGGACCCAAUGGUCGUCCUAUUAUGCUUGCAGCAGCAGGGAGAAGUGGUCCUGCUGCAUUGCAAUCCAUUUCAGAAGUUCGCAGCAAUUUCCCGGAAACGUGGCUGUUUGAGCUUGAUGUAACAAAUGAGGAUGGGACAUUCCAAAAGACAGUAACACUGCCAGAUACUAUUACAGAUUGGGUAGGAAGUGCUGUAUGCAUCAACACGGCUGAUGGAUUAGGCAUAUCGAACACAACAACUAUCACCGGUUUCCAAGCAUUUUUCAUUGACUAUACGUUACCCGUAUCAGUCAUCAGGGGAGAAGAAUUUACUAUGGUGGUGUCUAUAUCCAGUUAUGCUAAUGCUUCAUUACCCGUAACAGUAACUCUUGAAGAUCCACAAGGCUUUAAAGUUACCGACAAUUCCAUAGAUGGAGACAUUUGUGUUCACCCUCAAUCCAGUGUUACUUUGCCUGUCACAUUAACAGCAACGAAAGUAGGUAAAGUUCAAAUCACUGUCAGCGCAGUGUCAGCGGAAUCAAGUGACGUUUGUGGAAGCUCCCCGACAUCGAAUGAUUAUGCCAGAGAUGCCAUAAGGAAACCAAUCGAAGUUAAGCCAGAAGGUUUCCCGAAUGAAAAUGUUAUUAACACACUCUUCUGCCCAUCAGAGAAUGAAGAUAAUUCCUUCAGCACCAGUGUUAGUUUGAAGUUGCCAAAAGAUGUAGUACCAGAUUCCACCAGGGCAUAUGUCGACAUUACUGGUAACGUUUUGGGACCAGCUAUAAACAACUUGGAAAAUCUAGUACAACUGCCUACAGGAUGUGGAGAACAGAACAUGGUAAAAUUCACUCCGAAUUACCUUGUUCUAGACUACCUAACAGACAUCGGGCAAGUUACAGAUGACAUUAAAAAUAGAGCGAUUCGCAAUCUAGUUGCAGGCUACCAAAGAGAACUUGCAUAUCGUCAUCCCGAUGGUUCAUUCAGUGCAUUUGGAACAACAGAUGAUGAAGGGAGCAUGUUCUUAACAGCCUUUGUUCUCCGUUCGUUCUACGAAGCGAAAAGAUAUAUCUAUAUCGAUGAUAACCUAAUUACUGACAUGCAGAAAUGGAUUGUAUCUAAACAAGACACAACUGGCUGUUUCCCGAACAUUGGAAGGAUAAUUGAUAUUGAUUUACAAGGUGGUAUUCCAGAUGAAAAUGCUUCUGGUAGCAUCACAGCUUACUGUCUGGCCUCAUUAUUGAUAACAAAUUACAACAAUAAAACAGUAGUGAACGAUGCUUUUAGCUGCCUCAAUGAUGUUCCUCCUACAAAUCCAUAUAGUCAGUUCUUAUAUGCUUACGCUUAUUCAUUAGCUGGUUACAAGCAAGAUGCAGAAGAUCUCAUAGAAAAAGCAAGGCAAAAGAUCAACAGGACAGAGGGAAUGGAAUCUUUCAUAAUUGUGAAUGGAACAAAAGCUAUUGAAAUUGAAACAGAUGCGUAUGCCGUGUUAACAACGCUUGCUGUUGGCGGAAGUGCUUCAGAUGCUCUUCCCUACGUCCGAUACUUGACUUCAAAUCUGAACCCCAAUGGUGGUUUCACUAAUACUCAGGACACAUGUGUUGGUUUAAGUGCUUUGGCCAAAUAUGCAAGCGUUGUCUACGAAGAUCCACUUAACCUUAUGGUUAAAACCACUGGUGGUCUCACAAAAUCCGUAACUCUCAACGAUCAAAACAAACUCUUAGUUCAGCGCUUCAAAGUCACGGAUAUAUCAAAGAGCAUAAAGAUAAAGGCGAAAGGUACAGGAUGUGGACUCAUUCAGACAGCCAUUCUGUUUAAUACCAAAACUGCACCGGAAAAGAAGAAGUUUUCAAUCAGUGUUCGUGGGGAUUGUUCUGAUCCUAACUGCAAUACAGCUAAAAUUGUCACACUAGUCAGUUAUUUACCUCCUGGACAAGUGGCUGGAAUGAGUAUAGUGCAAAUAGGAAUGAUCACUGGAUUUUCGCCUGUCAGACAAAGCCUUGAAGAUCUCAAAAAUGACAAGAACAACAAAAUAUUAAGGAUAGAUGUCGAAGACAACACAGUGAUUGUCUACUUUUCUGAAAUAUCCAAUGCAGUGGAAAACUUCUCUUUCGAAGUUAAUCAAGUUGUUAAAGUGAGAAAAGCCCAACCUGGCACAGCGAAAGUAUACGACUAUUAUGCGAACGAAAACUCUGCUUCUACUAGCUACAAAAUCAACUCAGCCAAUUAGCAUUUAAA